CACAGUUUUGUCGUGCGGCGUCGGCGGAACCGGUGCUGAAAGCUCUGUGUUCAGGACGGAAGGGAUGGUGUAGGACCGGAACUGAUCUGAGAGGAGUGGCGUUUAUCAAACCGUGUAUACACAGCUGCCCGAGGCCGGUGAGGACGCAUGAUGCGCAGUAAGGCCGAAGUGGAUAGGUACAUUGCCUCGAUGCAGGGCGUCACGCCGCUCUCACCCCGUGAGAAAUCACUCAAAGGGUUUUUGUUUGCAAAACUCUAUUAUGAAGCCAAGGAGUAUGAACUUGCAAAGAGGCAAAUAUCAGCUUACAUAAGUGUGCAGGAAAGGGAUCCAAAAGCGCACAAGCUUCUUGGCCAAAUCUAUGAGUCUGAAGGCAACAUUGAAAAAGCCAUUGGUUGUUAUAAGCGGGUUGUGGAGCUGAAUCCUGUACAGAAGGACAUGAUCCUGAAAGUAGCUGAUUUGCUGUGUAGUAAUGGAGACCUGCUUGAUGGAAGAGCAGAAUACUGGGUGGAGAAGGCAGCCAAGCAUUUUCCUGCUAAUGGAGUAGUUUACAAACUGAAGGAGAAGCUGCUGAGCACAAAGGGACAAUUGGACAAUUCUCAACUAUUCGACCUUAUUCAGUCAGAGUUGCAUUCAAGGCCCAAUGAUCCUCAUGCCAAUAUACGUUUGGUGGAAUUCUACUGUUCUGUUGGGAAAUUUGAAGAAGCUGUGAAUUUCUGUAUCAGCACUGAAAAGAAAAGAACCCUUUGUAAAUGUCUGGAAUGGUACACCUGCAUGGUACAGACAUUGAAGAACUAUAUCAGUUCAUCAAAUGUUUCAUCAGCUGAUAAGAGCAAAUGGAGAUUCUUGCAGAAGGAAUUGCUCCUGGCAUCAACUAAUCUUAUGUUCCUGACAUUAUCAACCAGAAAUGUCCCAGACGUUGUAAAUGCUCUAAUGAGUUUUGAUUGUACAAUGUAUAUUGCAAAGUCAUACUUAACUUCAACAAUGGAUGAUCUUUCGGCUACUUUCACCGAAAUGAGAGGACAUCUGUAUUUACAUGCUGGAACGUUACUUCUAAAAAUGGCUCAACAUAAUGCGAUUCAGUGGAAAGCAGUUGUAGACCUUGCAGCAUUGUGCUACUUAAUUGCUUAUCAGGUUCCAAGACCCAGGCUGAAAUGUCUAAAGGCAGAAGAGACAAAUCAGGAAAUGAUUAAUUGGUUAGCAUCAGAUAGACAAAGUCAGUCAGGGCAUAUGUUAAUAAGUUUAAUGUCGGGAAAGCCUGACUUUCACAAAGAAGUGGUGGAGACUUUUGCAAACAAAAGUGGCCAGACUGCAUUAAUUGAAACAUUGUUUGGAAGUCAGAUAUCUGUUGAAAGGUCAUUUCUUGCCAAUGAUGAUAUCAGAAAUGUUACAGAAGAACACCCAGAUCUGAAUGAACUCAUAAAAUGGGAUGAUGCUUCUGUUAAAUUGCAUGGUGGAAAUUUGCAACAUCUUGCUUGGCUUGGUUUACACCAGUUUUCAAUGGAGCAGUUACCUAUGGUACGAAAUUGGCUUAAGCAGUUGUUUCCUCGACUGCCGCAAGAAACCUCACGGCUUGAAACCAAUGCUCCUGAGACUAUUUGCAUUUUAGAUCUUGAGGUUUUUCUUCUUGGAGUGAUUUAUUCAUGUCAUACGCAGUUACAGGAUAAAUCAGACCUUCACUACAGUAUGCACCAACCAAAGUGCAUGCCACUGCCAAUCAGCAAACUGCUGUAUACAGAGCGACAGAACGCUUGGUGGGAUGCUGUCUACAGCCUUGUCUACAAAAAAGCACAACCGGGUACAUCAGCUAAACUAAGACUAUUGAUUCAGCGUGAACUUGGUACAUUGAGGGCACUAGAUAAGCACGGACUUCAACCUGCUCUAAUUAUACACUGGGCACAAAGCCUCAUUAACAUUGGAAGUGGAUUAGAUUCAUACUACGAUCAAAAAGAAUACAUUGGACGGAGUGUCUACUACUGGAGGAAAGUCCUGCCCUUAUUACAGAGCAUCAGAAAGAAAAGGAGUAUUCCUGAACCUAUCAAUCCUUUGUUUCAACAUUUCCGUAGCAAGGAUAUCAAGGUUACUGAAGUUGAGGAUUAUGAAAAGGAAGUGGAAAUCGCUUUUGCUACGCUUGAUGUAGUUGAUGGAAAAAUUGACGAGGCAAUUGCUGCUUUUGAAUCUAUCAAUAAUAUUGUUGCACAUUGGAAUCUUGCUUUGAUAUUUCACAGGAGAUCGGAGGAAUAUGAAAAUAGCAAUGAAAUGGCUUCUGAUGAGCAAGAACAAUGUAAAAAUUGUUUACUCAGCAGUAAAGAAUACCUCAGAAAGGUCUUGAAUGAAGCUGAAUCAAACUUUGCAGCUAUACACAGUUUGCCUGUAUCAAUAGGUACAGUGAAAGAAAUGCUGGAGUUGGUAAAUCAACAUCUUCAAGAAUAUAAUGGAGAUGUACUUGACCAUGGGGAAGAAAUAAAUGACAGUUCUCAGACAGCUGAAAAUGGCACUUCUAUGGAGUCAUUACAAGUUAAACACUCUACCCCAUCUCCAACAAAGCUUACUCCAUCACCAACCAAGAGCUACAAGUGGUCUCCAAAGACUCCACCUCGUUGGGCUGAAGAUCAGAAACAUUUAUUGCAGAUGCUUUGCCAGCAAGUAGAACAGCUGAAGGAUGAAGUACGUGAACUCAAGCUAAAUAAUUCAAAUACAACUGAAUCACCACAUCCUCGAUGGCGCACGGAUAGUUAUGGUGCAGAUAACCAUCCAGAAGGUUACCAGGGUGCGCACAAUUUUCAGGGAGCACCUUUAACAGUUUCUACCUCAGGACCUUCUGUGUUCUACAAUCAAUCCCCAGCAUAUAACUCCCAGUAUCUUCUUGGAACAGCAACCAAUGUGACUCCAACCAAGCCUCCUGCCUAUGGAAUUGGUCGGAUUCCACCACAACAGUCGAUGUAUGGCUAUCAACAGCAGACUCACACACCACCUGUUCAGAACAAUGCGCCUUGUAUGUAUUCACAGGAUAUGUAUGGAACACAGUUACGUUUUGAAUCACCUGCAACAGGGUUGCUUUCCCCAUUUGGUGAAGACUAUUACAGUCAUGGUGUUCCACAGACCAAUACAAACCCACCAUUGCCAGAGCCUGGUUAUUUCACUAAACCAUCAGUGGGAGUUCAGAUGUCAAAGCCUACAGAGAUGAAGGGGAUAGAGUUUGGAAAACUGAACCAACAAAUGCAGCAUGAAACUACAAAGGCUUCCUUAGGUACUGCCCUAAUGCAUUCCACACCAGCAACAACAUUCAAAUUUAACUCUAAUUUCAAGAAUAAUGAGGGGGACUUUACAUUUUCAUCGCCCCAGCUGAAGACUCAGACACCACCUUCAUCUGCCAGUGAUAGUCUUCUGGGCAUUUUAACUGCAGGUAGAUGUAUAAAAAGUGACCAAAUUGUAGGUCACAUGUUUACACAAGAAGCAGUACCAAGUCGAGGAAACUUCUUUUCCCUAAGAGGGCAGGGUUCAUUUGAUGACUCUUCAGUUCAAAAGCAAAAUAAAAAUUCAUUCAAUAACAUUUUGAGUAACCAGACAUUUGGAAUGAAUGCAGAAGACAAAGGUGGGGAGAGUGAUGGGGACAGUGUUCCUGAAGAAGAUGGUCCACACUUUGACCCUGUUAUACCACUUCCGGAUAAAGUAGAUGUGAAAACUGGAGAAGAAGACGAAGAAGUGCUGUUUUCCAACAGAGCUAAGCUCUUCCGUUUUGACACUGAGACCAAAGAAUGGAAGGAACGGGGCAUUGGUUAUGUCAAGUUACUUCAACACAGGGCAUCUGGCAAAAUCCGACUCCUAAUGCGACGGGAUCAAGUUCUUAAAAUCUGUGCAAAUCAUUACAUAACAGCGGAUAUGAAAUUGAAGCCAAAUGCAGGAUCUGAUAAAUCAUGGGUAUGGUGUGCUUUAGAUUAUUCUGAUGAAAAGCCAAAACCUGAGCAGCUUGCUGUUCGAUUUAAAACUGCAGAUGAGGCUGCAUUAUUCAAAACCAAAUUCGAAGAAGCGCAAAACUUAGUUAAAGAUCAGAAAUUAAAAUCGAGUAGCCUACUUAGUCAAGAAAAGAAAACUGGAAUCAAAAUCCAGGCUGAGGACAUGCAAUUAGGUGCCAUUAAAUCAACUACUGAACAAUCUGGAUUUGGUGUUCAGUUUGUCAAGAAAGAUGGCGAAUGGGACUGCAGCUCGUGUCUUGUACGAAAUUUUGCAGCUGCUUCUGUGUGUGCAGCUUGCCAAAACCCUAGAACUGUUACUGGAAAAAAUAGUUUUCCCUCCGCUUCACGAAUCUCUGAGCAAAAUGGAAGUGAAGUUGGAGUGACUGAGAAGAUUACUACAGCUUUUACUAAAACAGUAGGAUUUGGUGAUAGAUUUCCUAAGGAAGGCCACUGGAAUUGUAGUGCGUGUUUUCUUCAAAAUGAAGCUGUCUCGUCACAUUGUAUAGCUUGCCAGGCACCAAAUUCCAGUAGCAAGGAUGGCAUUAGUUCAGCCAGUCAGGCACCUGCAACUUUUGCAUUUAGUGCUCAGAAAGAUAUUACAAAGCCAAGUACACAUGGUAAUUUUGGCCCACUGUUUGGAAAAGUGGAUGGGCAAUGGGACUGCAUUGCAUGUCGUGUCAGAAAUGAAGCGACUGCACAAAAGUGUAUGUCCUGCCAUGCACUAGGUCCAUCUUGUAAAGAUUCUGGUGUGUCGUACGACCAGCCAGUGACUACCUUUGAGUUUGGUCUUGACUCUGUGUCUGCAAAAGCAUCUAAAGGAUUUGGUUUCAGUAGAAAGGAGGGGCAGUGGGAUUGCGCCGCUUGUUUUGUGAGAAAUGAACCAAAUGUGGCAAAAUGUGCAGCCUGCCAGGUGCCCAGACCUGCUGGCAAUGUUACAGUUGUUACACCCACGAGCCAAUCGGCAUCAGCCUUCAGGUAUGGUGAGAAAGCAUGUCCGCCUGCACAGGGAGAGUUUGGAGGAAUGUUUGCCAAAAAGGAGGGACAGUGGGAUUGUGCCACUUGUUUCGUGAGAAAUGAACCAGAUGUGGCAAAAUGUGCAGCCUGCCAGGUGCCCAGACCUGGCAGUGUUACAGUUGUUACACCCACGAGCCAAUCAGCGUCAGCCUUCAGGUAUGGUGAGAAAGCAUGUGCACCUGCACAGGGAGAGUUUGGAGGAAUGUUUGCCAAAAAGGAGGGACAGUGGGAUUGCGCCGCUUGUUUUGUGAGAAAUGAACCAAAUGUGGCAAAAUGUGUAGCCUGUCAGACACUUAACCCAAACAGUAAAACUGCAGAUGUUUCAACUGCUGCUGCCCCAUUUGGUCUUGCCAGUGCAUAUUCUAAAUCUGAUACACCCGAAUCAGGAUUUAAACUUAAUUUUCCUGCAAGUGGCUUCAAGUUUGGCCAUAGCAACAGCAGCUCAACAGCUUUCAAAGUUGGGGCAUCAUCAUGUCAACCCUCGAGACCAUUUUCUAGCACUGUGUUUACAUUUUCUUCAUCUAAUACAGGUGGUGGGUUUGAAUUUGGAUUGCCUGAUAUGAGCAAAGACUCUACUGAUAAAGUUAACCAGCCAAUACAAGAAGGAUCGGCUGCGCUCUUUUUAAAAUCCUUUGCUGAACAGCAAAAAGAGAGGGAGCGAAUGAAUUCAAAAUCUGGUGCAGACACAAAUCAAACACCUAAUACAUCAAGUCAAAAUGAAGAAUUUUUUCUGGGCAAGAACUCCAAUAUUGCUACCUUUGCAGAUCUUGCAAAAACUGCAGAUAAAGAAUUUCAAUUUGGUCAUAAAGAUCCUAAUUUCAAAGGUUUUGAAGGAGUAGGUCAACAGCUAUUUUCAUCAUGCAGUACAACAGCUGCUUCAGCAGAAAAUGAAGAUGAUGAAUUGUAUAAAACUGAAGAGGGGGAUAAUAUUCAUUUUGACCCCAUUGUUCCUCUGCCUGAGAAGGUCGAUCUCAUUACAGGUGAAGAAGAUGAAACAGUACUUUACUCACAGAGAGUUAAACUAUUUAGGUUUGAUACAGAAACCAGCCAGUGGAAGGAACGUGGUGUUGGAAAUCUCAAGGUCCUUCAAAAUAAAGCUAACGGCCGCCUUCGGAUUCUAAUGCGUCGAGAGCAAGUUUUCAAAGUAUGUGCAAAUCACUGGAUCACGACCACAAUGAAUCUCAAACCCUUAAUGGGUUCUGAUAGAGCAUGGAUGUGGUUAGCUAGUGACUUUUCAGAUGGUGAGGCUAAACCAGAGCAACUGGCAGCGAAGUUUAAAACUCCUGAAUUGGCUGAAGAUUUUAAAGAGAAAUUUGAAGAAUUCCAAAGACUAUUGCUAGAUAUUCCAUUGCAGACUCCUCAUAAGUUAUUGGACAAUGGUAGGACAGCUCGGCUUAUACAGAAAGCUGAAGAAAUGAAAAGUGGUUUAAAAGACCUGAAACAUUUUUUGAAAGAUGAGUCAGGAAGGUUGAAUGAUGAAGGGAAUGUAGUAAAGAGUUCUGCUUCUGAAAGCAACAAUUCCUCUGGUUUAGUGAUUAAACCGCAUUCAGAAAGUACUGGCCCCACGUUGGAGUGGGAUAAUUAUGAUCUGCGUGAAGAGGCAUUGGAUACAAGUGUAUCUAACACUGCAUAUGGGCCACCUGAUACGAGCAGUCCAGUGAGGAAGAACCUCUUCCGCUUUGGCGAUUCAACAACUGGGUUUAAUUUUAGUUUCCAGCCAAGCUUGAGUCCACUGAAAUCUCCUAAACUGAACCACAGUGGAUUGUCUGUGGGUACAGAUGAAGAUUCUGAUUUUGGGCAAGAGGAGGAGAGGGAUGUUCAGCAUUUUGAGCCAGUUAUUCCGAUGCCUGAUUUAAUUGAUGUAUUGACAGGAGAGGAAAAUGAACAGGUUAUCUUUUGUCAUCGAGCUAAACUUUAUCGAUAUGACAAAGAAGUGAGUCAGUGGAAAGAAAGAGGAAUAGGAGACCUGAAGAUUUUACAAAAUUAUGAUUCUAAAAAAGUUCGAAUAGUUAUGAGACGUGACCAGGUUUUAAAAAUUUGUGCUAAUCACUGGUUAACACCAGAGGUAAGGAUUGAGCCCAUGAAAGGAACAGAAAAAGCCUUUAUUUGGAGUGUUAUGGAUUUUGCAGAUGAUGUGGCAAAGAUGGAACAGUUAGCUGUACGGUUCAAACAGCAAGAAAUUGCUAACUCUUUCAGGGAGCUCUUUGAAGAAGCUAAGAAAGCUCAAGUGCAGGGAACAUUAGUCACACCGUUAUCUUCAAGAGGGAAUACACCAAGAGAAUCUCCAUGUGGCAAAAUUGCAAUAUCAUUGCUCGAAGAAACUAUUAAGGAGUCAACAGAGCAAACAUGUACAAGUGUUGCAUCUCCAAACAGUGCCACCAAGUCACCGAGUACGUUAUUGACAGAAACACCAUCAUAUACCUCUGUGGCUUCACCAAAAUUUGUAUUUGGGUCUGAUUCUGUGAAAUCCAUCUUCAGCAACGAGCAAGAGAGGCCUUUCACUUUUGGUGGUUCAGCAACUGGAUCCUUGUUUGGUUUCAGUUUCAAAAGUGCUGAUUCUCCUUUAAAGGACCAAGUACAACCUGGCUCCUCUGUCAUUAAGAACAAAUUGCAGGAGGUAACGAGUGGUGGAUUUGAUUUUCGUAAAGCAGCUGCAUCUCUAUCAAAGUCUACAACAACCAGCUUGUUGCCUUCAAGCACAACAGAAUCUGCUGUAACUGCUUUUGCAACCAAGGAUACACCCAGGCCCACUGCGUUUAAAAUGCCACAAUCUGUUGGCGAUGAAGAGGUACAGAUUGUUUUUGUAUUGACACCCACACCCGAACAAGCAGCUCUUGCUAAGCAGCUACACCUUCCCCAAACAUUCUUCUGCUACAAGAACAAACCUGGUUAUUUUAGUGAUGACGAUGAGGAUGAUGAAGACUAUGAAACUGCUGUUAGGGAACUCUGUGGAAGAUUGUAUCAAGAUAAACAAGAGAAACUGAAAGCACCUAAAACAGGUGACCCAAAGGAACAGUUACAUUCUAAUGAACUAGAAGACUUCUCUGAUGCAGGUACAUCCUUGCAACUUACUGAUGUGAAGCUGUAUCCAGAUGAACAAAGAGAGCACAAGUCCUGUGCAACAGUAGAUUCCAGUGGGGACAAUCUAGUGGAAGAUGGUGACAAAGACUGUAUUCUUGUGUGGGAGAAGGUGCCGACCCCUAAAGAGAAGUUGAAGGCUGAAAAGUUGUUGCUUCCUUCCACAUUUUUUUGUGGUUUAAGCAGUGAUACUGAAGGAGAGAAGGAAGAUGAUGACUUUGAAAUUGAAGUUCGCAAAAUCAAGGAAUCACAGAUAGCGCAAGAAGAAAUCAUCAGCAGCUCCACUUGUAUAGAUUCUGCAAUCCGAUUGAAUGAACCAGCGACUACUGCACUGGUUAAUGUUUCAGAGGCUGAAGCUAACUCUACAACACAAUUUGAACGUAAGGAAUUCUCUGCAGAUGAUGGCAGGCCCAUUGAUUUAACAACUAAAAAUGAAAUGGAGCCUGAUUCUACUACUGAAGUGAACGGCAUAUUUGGAUUCGGUGACGUGAAAACAGUUUCUUUUGCAGAUUUGGCUGCUCAGAGUACAGAAGGAUAUGCCUUUCCACCAAAAGAAGCCAAUUUCACAUGGGCAAAUGCAGGAACUGCUGUGUUUACUUCGAUGGUGCCCAGAACUCCAUAUGAUGAAGAUGAUGGCACUGAUGUGGUACCUAGCAAUGACAUCCACUUUGAGCCAAUAGUUUCUUUACCUGAGGUUGAGACAAAAUCAGGCGAAGAGGAUGAGGAAAUCAUCUUUAAAGAAAGAUGUAAGCUGUAUCGUUGGGACCGUGAUAUCUCUCAAUGGAAAGAACGUGGAGUUGGAGAUCUUAAAAUUCUGUAUCACUCCCAAAAGCGAUGUUACCGUAUUCUGAUGAGGCGAGAACAGGUUCUUAAGGUCUGUGCGAAUCAUGUUAUUACUGAGGAAAUGGAACUCAAACAAAUGAAUACAUCGAACAAUGCCUUUGUUUGGACUGCAGCUGACUACACUGAUGGCGAAGCAAAAAUUGAGCAACUUGCAGUACGAUUCAAAACUCCAGAAUUGGCUGCUGCCUACAAAAAGAAGUUUGAAGAAUGUCGAGAUUCACUUUCGCAACUCCAGAAAUCUGAGGAAUUCCAAGUUGUAGCUCUGUCAAAUAGCAGUAACCCUGUUGUUUAUUUUGAUGUAUCAGCCAAUGAGGAGAGCUUGGGACGAAUUACCAUGGAACUGCUAUCAAAUAAGGUUCCACGAACAGCUGAAAACUUUAGGGCCCUCUGCACUGGAGAGCGUGGUUUUGGAUUUAAAAAUUCAACAUUCCACAGGGUUAUUCCAGAAUUUGUUUGCCAGGGUGGUGACAUCACAAAGUUUGAUGGAUCUGGUGGGAAGUCUAUUUAUGGAGAAAUGUUUGAAGAUGAAACCUUCAUUAUACAGCACUCUUGUCCUGGUUUGUUGUCCAUGGCAAAUAGGGGCCCAAAUACCAAUAAUUCACAGUUCUUUAUUACUCUAAAGGAAACCAAGCAUUUAAAUUUGAAGCAUGUAGCUUUUGGCUAUGUAAAAGAAGGCAUGGAUGUUGUGAGAAAAAUUGAAACAUUUGGUUCUGAAAGUGGCGAAACAAGUCGAACCAUUACAAUCACUGAUUGUGGGCAGAUUUCUUAAAUGGAGAGUACCCAGUUUCUCUUUGGUCAUGCUGUCUAUUUGGAAUGCUGUAAUAUUGGAUGUUGCUGGGAUGUUAACUGUACUGGUCUGAACAUUGGAUGUACAAAUUAUAUUGAUGGCUAGCAGCUGUCCAAGUUUGUUAGUGUUGAAUAUUGCAUGUUUCAGAAUAAAAAUUUUGGCAAACAAUGAGCGGUGGCAUUUAUCUUAAAUGUAAACACGACAUUUUGCAGUUCCAGCCGAACUGUGCAGAGCAGUUUAAACCUGGCAAUCAAAGUUAAGAGAAAUUGUCAUUAAGUUGCAACUUUUUAAAGUGUGCAGAAAUUCAGAAUUAAGGUGGGAAUUAGUAACUGUUUUCCAGGUCUACAAGUGGUAAUUGCCGAACAGGAUUUGGUAAUAUCAACCAGGCUUUGCAUAUUUUUGUUUUUGUUUUAGUGCAACCAAAACACUAAGAUUUUGUUUCAAAAUCCUGGAAUCAGGUUACAUUUGGUUAUUUUGUUGCCAAGAUUAAAGCUCUGCUGUUAAAAAUUACAUUUACUGAAACAGAUUUGACACUAUUGUAAAAUAUAAAGUCGUUUUUUACAAUGAUUUUCUAGUAUUUGCUAAUGUGAUUGGCUCUGUAAUUUUAAAUUGGUAAAUUUAACUAGUUAAAACCCAAACUUUAUAAAUAUUUAUAAUAAAGGUAUAAUUGUAUCUACUGGUGGAUUUAAGCAUUUUCUUUGAUUUGUUUCAAAUGCGUACAGAUUUGAAAUGGAGGUACAUGCCUUACCAACAAUAAAUUUUAUUGUACCUUU